AAUCCGGGCCGGGUCUUCCCCAAAUCGAAAAGCACGAAUUUUCCUCUUUCGAAAUUUCCCCCAAUUUAUUUAUUUUUCCUUCAAAUUCGUGUUCAGAUCUAUUUCGUCUUCCAGAUCAAUCUUCAAAUCAAUUGUACACAAAAAAAAAUGGGUGUUAAGCGCACUUUUGAAGCUGAGGAUGUAAAAGAGUUCAACGUGAAGCAUGCAAGAGAGAUUGAUUAUUACAAUAAGCUAGCAAAACUAGAUGAAGGAGUUCCAUAUCGUGUUUCACUGGAGAAGUCUGGCGUUGUCUUAGGAGAGGAUCUGAAUGAUCUCUACGGGUUUAAAUGUGAGGAUAAUGUUGAGACCAAGACACCUUUCUCUUGGAUCACAUCCGAGGAGGAGUCUUCCCUUUCUCACGAAUCUCCCGAGUCAGAUUACCUCUGGAGUCCAGUGUCUCCAGCGGAUGAUGUUGAUUUGUGUCAGAGUUCUCCUAGAAAACAAGUUCCAGUCGGGUCGGAUUACCAAGCUGAUAUUCCUGAAUGUCUCAAGGAAGAAGUCAGUGAAGAACAAGGGAUGGGGAAGUGCGUUAUUCCAAUGCCUGACCGUGAAACCGAGGUCUUCGAAAUUGGUAAAGGAAGAAAGGAAUGCAUUUGCAUGGAUAAAGGAUCCAUCAGAUGCGUGCAGCAGCACAUCAUGGAAAACAGAGAGAGCUUGUUUAAAACUAUUGGAUACGAAAGGUGUUUGAACAUAGGUCUCGUUGAAAUGGGAGAGGAAGUAGCUUGUAAACUAACUGAGGAGGAAGAAGAUCUAUUCCACGAGGUUGUUUACUCCAAUCCGGUUUCAUUGGACCGGGAUUUUUGGAAGCAAUUAAAGUCUGUGUUUCCUUCACGAACCAUGAAGGAUAUUGUGAGCUAUUAUUUCAAUGUCUUCAUUCUUCGAAGAAGAGCUGUACAGAAUCGUUCUAGAAGCUUGGACAUUGAUAGUGACGAUGAUGAGUGGCAAGUAGAGUAUGAAAACACGUUUUAUGGUCCUGAAACUUCAGAUGAGAAAACAGGAAAAAGCCUCUCAAGAGAUGAAGAAGAAGAGGUGAAUGCUGAAGAAGAUUCUUGCAUCUCCGAUGACUUAAUCUACUCUCAGUGUCCGGUUAAAAACAGAGAAGUAUCUGACGUUGGGAACUAUUGGCGCCACUGCAAUGAUCUUGUGGAGGAUCUUCCAUUUUCCUUUGACGCUUGUGAUUCGUUACUAUCAGAUCAUUGUUGGAGUAAGAACAUUGAUUUUCUGCCAACUUCCAACAUCAUCGACGAGAUCUUUGGUCAAGAAAAUCCAUGGGAUGAUUUCUGUAAGGGAAAGUAAAUGAAGAAUGGUGUCUCGUAUCUCCAUUGUUACAGUUCUGAAUCUUAUGUGUAAAUGCAUUAUUUAAGAUCAUCUUCCAAGCUGGAUGUUGUAUGAGAGUUCUCUGUAUAGUUCAAGUCCUAGAGUCUUUUUUUUUUUUUUUUUCUAUUUUUGAUACUUAGGUUAUUUAUAAUUGCCUUUGUAAAUC